UGUGUGUGUGUGUGUGUGUGUGUGUGUGUGUGUGUGUGUGUGUGUGUGUGUGUGUGUGUGUGUGUGUGUGUACAAACACUGGUUCCCACUUCUGGUUCAUAGGAAAUACAUUUUUAGUGUGCACAAUUCUGUAGCGUAAGGCCAUAAUUAACGUAAUUGUUCAACAUCCGCCAUCUAUAUUUAGUCAUGUAUUUUUAAGCAUCAGAUGGGCUAGUCUGGUACACCACACCCGUGACACCAAACAUCGACGGCAUCGAUAUACCAUGGAUAACUUGAUUGUUUUAAAUGAACAGCCUGCUGUAAGUCAUUACUUUUGGUAGAUCUGGGGCCAGUUCUCUGGUUUAUUUUGUAUGAAUAUAAGCGAACAGAUUAGCCAGCAGCAUUAUACGUGCAAGUGUUGAUGGGCCUUUUAUGUGGUGUUCAAUAUGACUCAGGCUAAAUGUGAUCAUACAGCACACUUAUCACUGUGCAAAUACACAGUCUCCAAGUAUGGGUGUCACCAACCGGCUCUGUUCAUUUGGUAGCCAAAGGCCUCUACUCAGACGUGUGAGUCUGGGCAUGUGUAUGUGUGUGCGUGCGCACAUGUGUCUGUGUCUGAAGGGGUUUCCAUUAUGUGAAUUUGCAUUACAUUUGCAAAUUGGUAACUCCGCCAAGACAGUCCCUUUGUCAAACAUUCAUCCAUCCAUCCAAUCUCCACCAGCUAGCCUACCGGGUUCUGGAAACAAUGAAAUGUUUCCGUCCGUCUGUUCAAAGUUAUCUACCAGCUUGUUGCUACUGCUAUGCUUGUUGUAGCUUGUCUUUACUUUUCUUUGUUUUCACACGCUGGCUGCCUAAGCAGACAUGCAUAUACCUGGCCAGGUGAGGACCUGAGUCAAAUUCCCACUGGUUCUCCAGGUCAGUUUAGCCUUCAGGCCUCUGUGGUCCUGGCCUGAGAAACACAGACAUGCACAUACUUAAUCAACAACACAUAUUGCGUUUGAUUAAUGAAGAAUUUAGUAUAAAAUAUAAAAAAGCAAUCAUAAACAUUAACGUGUGUGUGUGUGUGUGUGUGUGUGUGUGUGUGUGUGUGUGUGUGUGUGUGUGUGUGUAUUUUUGACCAGUGUACUGCAAAUGAAAAUUAAGAAUUAAGUAAAAUGUUGCCAGGGAGUAGUAGAGCCUCUGAUGUUAUUCACUGCACCCACUGCUACGUGAGAUGGCUAGAACUGGAGAAGAUAUGGAGGCGGAGGAGGAUUUGACUGUGUAGGAACAAUAGUGGGAGAGUGACAGAUGGCAGGCAGUGGAGUCCCCAGUUCCCACUCCCUGUCGGCCCUCUACUCCCCACUGGGUAUCCAAUCGUUAGUGAAAUGACCAUAUUCACUUAAAACACAUGACUGCGCCUUUCUCUCAAUUUCUUUCUCUUUAUUUCCCAUUAGCCAUUGUCCAUAUAUUAUUACACUGCGCCUUUUUAUAACUAAAAGGUUAGUAAUCAAUAGUCUCCCUCCCCGGUCCAAAAUAUAGAUUAUUUUAUCAUGCGGGAGUUCAGGACCCUUUUAUCCCGUCCCAUGCCAUCAAGUCACAUCACAGCAAUUUGCACUGCAAAAAAGCAUGUCACUUCCUGCUUCCUGUUGCCAAAAACAUUCCUCUGUCCGUGGGUUAACGUAGAGGAAGUGGUUAGUGUUGAGACUGGCAUUCCAUUCUUUGCCCUCCUCUGACCCGGUCAUGUGACUCCAGAGAGAUGACGGCAGGGAGGAAGUCAUGGAAGAAGCAGGUGCUGAAUACAGGACAGCCAUGCAAUGUGUAGGAUCAGUUCUGCCAAGCUGCAAAGAAGGAUCAGAGUACGUCUCCAGAAGGAUGACUAUGAGCAGUAGCUGAGGACACUAAAGGGAGAUCCCCUCCCCAUCUCUGCCCCCUGCAAAGAUGAAUGGUAGCCUUGGUAAAUGGGCGAUUUCUCCAGAGGAGAGGAACAAACAUGACCAGAUGUUUGACACCCUCCUUCCUGCCAUGGGCUACAUUACAGGAGAGCAGGCACGGAAGUUCUUCCUGCAGUCUGGCCUACCUGGCUCGACGUUGGCAGAGAUAUGGGCGUUGGCUGACAUGAAUAAGGAUGGAAAGAUGGACAGGCUGGAGUUCUCCAUCGCCAUGAAGCUCAUCAAGCUCAAACUCCAAGGCACGCCUCUUCCCUCAGCUCUGCCUAUCAUCAUGAAGCAGCCUCCCGUGCCCGCCCCCACUCUCAACGCCGCUUAUGGAAUGGGAGCUAUGUCGAACCUGUCCAUGAUGUCGGGUCUAGGCAUUGGGAUGCUGACCCCCCUCGCUAUGGGCAGCCCGGGGCUUUCACCCAUGGGCUCUUUGACCUCCCUGACCCCAAUGGUUCCCACGGCAACGGGCAUGAGCCCUCUGAUGUCGACCAUGGGGAACGCAGCAGUGCUCAACAGCAAUAUGGGUGUUUUUCAGCCAUAUCCUGUUGGAUCUGUAGCUACUGGCCUUCCUCUGUCUGCUGGCUACUCCUCCUCUCCGCUGGGUUUCGCCUCGCCUUCUGUGGGAGUAUACAGGACUUCUUCCCUGCUCGACAUCGGAUCCAGCAGCUCCAACUCCUCCUCUCCCGCCCUGCUGUCCUCCAAGCUCCCGGUGCCGAGCGACUGGUCGGUCCCCCACGCCUCCAGGCUCAAGUACCGUCAGCAGUUCAACAGUCUGGACAAACAGAUGACCGGGUACCUCACGGGUCUGCAGGUGAGGAACGCCAUGGCAACCACAAUGCUGACUCAGACACAGCUGGCCUCAAUCUGGAACCUGGCUGACCUGGAUAAGGACGGCAAGCUGAAGGCGGAGGAGUUCAUCCUGGCCAUGCAUCUGGUGGACAUGGCCAAGAGCGGACAGUCGCUACCGCCGACCCUGCCUGGUGACCUGGUCCCACCCACACACAGGGCUGCUAUGAACGGCUCCAGCUCUUCCCUCUACGCUGCUCUGACCGAUGACCUGGCCGUGGAGCCUCCACAGAAGAUCAAGUCUAACCUGACCUUUGAGGACAAGUUCAAAGCCAACCUGGAGAGGGGCAACGCCGAGCUGGAGAAGAGGCGCCAGCAGCUGCUGGAGGCGCAGCGGAGGGAGCAGGAGCGGCAGGCGCAGAAGGAGCGGGAGGAGCGGGAGAGGAGGGAGAAGGAGGCCAGGGAGGCCGAGGAGAGGAGGAAGAAGGAGGAGGAGCGGAGGCUGGAGCGGCAGAGGGAGCUGGAGCGCCAGAGGGAGGAGGAGAGGCAGAAGGAGAUAGAAAGAAAGGAGGCCGCGCAGCGCGUGCUGGAGCGCCAGCGGCAGGAGGAGUUUGAGCGGAGGAGGCGCGGCGAGCUGCAGAUCAAGAAGGUGCAGGAGCAGGAUGACAUCAUCCGCCUGAAGGCCCGCAAGAGGAGCCUGGAGAUGGAGCUGGAGGCCGUGGGUGACAAGCAACGGCAGAUCUCUGACCGGCUGCGGGACGCCCAGGGCAGGAGGAAGCUCCAGAGGACUGAGGCGGACCUGAUUGGCCAGAGGAUGGACACCCGCCGGGACGAAAUCAACGGGCUGCAGAGGCAGCUGGAGGAGUUCCAGAGGAAGUUAUCCCAGAUGGGCCCAGAGCAGAAGAGGCUGACUGAGAAACUUCAGACCAUGGGACACAACAACAUGCCAGGCGCGCCGCUGUCCACCCUGAAGCAGAACGUCACCGAGAGGACCGCUGCAUGUCGUCAGCUCCGCCAGCAGCUGGAGACCCUGGAGAGAGACACCUCCGUCAAACUGUCCGAGAUGGACCAGUACAACCACGAUGUCCAGGACCUGAGAGAAAGCACGAGGAAGCAGCAGGCCGAGCUGGAGAAGCUCAUGAGCGUCAAGGAGGAAAAACGACGGGAAGCAAAGAGGAAGAUGGAGCAGGAGGAGGCAAGGAAACGACAGGAGGAGGAGAGGAAACGACAGGAGGAGGAGAGGAAGCGACAGGAGGAGGAGAGGAAACGACAGGAGGUGGAGAGGAAGCGACAGGAGGAGGAGAGGCACCGGCGGGAGGAGGAGGAAGCUCAGAGGCGUAUCAAGGAGGAGAAGGAUCGCCAGUGGCAGGAGAAGCUUAGGAGAGACGAGGAGGAGCGCAAGAGGAAGAUCCAGGAGGAGAGAGAGGCCAAGCUGAGGGAGGAGGAAGAGAAGGAGGUGCAGGCCCGCCUAGUGGCUGCCAAGGAGCAAGCGGAGCGCGAGCAGCGGGCCAAGGAGGAGGCAGAGAGGAGGAGGAGGCAGGAGGAGGAGCAGAGGAAGAGGGAGGAGGAGGAGCGCCGGAGGCAGGAGGAGAGGAAAAUGGCGGAGGAGGAGAGGAGGAAGCUCGAGGAGGAGAGGAGGAAGCUGGAAGAGGAGAGGAGGAAAUUGGAGGAAGAGAGGAGGAGAGAGGAGAAACGGAGGCAGGAGGACGAGGAGAGGAAGAGGCAGGAGGAGGAGCGGUGGGCGGCGGAGCAGAAGAGGGAGAAGGAGGAGGGGGAGCGCAGGAGGCAGAGGGCAUCAGAGGCCGCCGUGAGAGACACCGAGGAGAGGAAGAAGCAGGAGAAGGAGGAGGAGGAGAAGAAAAGAAGGCGCGGGGAGGAGGAGCAGCGCAAGAAGAGGGAGGAGGAGGACAGGAGGAGAAGGGAGGAGGAGCGGAGACGGCAGGAGGAGGAGGUGAAGAGGAAGCGAGAGGAGGAGGAGGAGAGGAAGAAGGGGGAGGAGGAGAGGAGACGCAGGGUAGAGGCAUCCCUGCAGCAGCAGCAGCAGCAGCCGUCGCUGCUGCAGGCUACUGGAGGAGGAGGGAAGCUGGACAUCCAGGAGAAACUGACCGCUCUGCUGAGAGGACUGGAAGAGAGGAAGGGUGGCCUCCAGCCCAGAGCCUCGCAGCACAGGAAGUCAGCAGCACUCACUUCCUUCAGAGCGCUCUACCCGUUCACAGCCAGGAACCAGGAUGAACUCUCCUUCGACGCCGAUGACGUCAUCGAGGUUGAUGAGACCACAGAGCGUGAGGCCGGCUGGUUCUACGGCAGUAAACUGGGGAAGAUGGGCUGGUUCCCGGAGAGCUACGUGGAGAGGGCGGCCGACGCCCCCGACACCCCCGUCUCCCCCGUCUCCCCCGGCGUGGCGGGGGCCAAGAUGGCCCUCAAGCCCCACCUCUCCAAGGGCCCGGGGGGCCACGGCACGCUGGAGGCCGCCAUGGCCGUGGGGUCCAAGUCCGCCUUCACGCCAACACACUCCCCAAACCCCGCCCCCUCAGAGACACAGGGACAGGUGGUGGGUAACCUGCAGGCCAAGGCGCUGUGUUCCUGGACGGCCAAGACGGACAGCCACCUGAACUUCAGCAAGGACGACGUGAUCCGCGUGCUGGAGCAGCAGGACAGCUGGUGGCUGGGCGAGCUGGCCGGGGCCCAGGGCUGGUUCCCCAAGACCUACGUCACCCUGCUGGGGGACGGAGAGGCCAGCGUGGACGCGGUCUUUUCCACUCCUGACGGUUCAGACGGGAGCCAGAUGUUGGAAGAGUACGUGGCGUUGUUCACCUACGAGUCUCCCCAGACGGGCGACCUGACCUUCCAGGAGGGCGAUGUCCUCCUGGUGAGCCAGCGGGAGGGCGAGUGGUGGAACGGCGCCAUCGGCGACCGGAUCGGCCUGUUCCCUAGCAACUACGUCAAGCCCAAAGAGAGCGAUACAUCCAGCCUUUCAGGCAAAAAGAAAAACGAGAUCGGCCAGGUCGUCACAGCCUACGCCUCCUCAGGCCUGGGUCAGCUGAGCCUGGCCCCGGGCCAGCUGGUGCUCAUCCUCAGCAGGAACGUCUCCGGCUGGUGGCUCGGGGAGCUCCAGGCCCGGGGUAAGAAACGACAGAAGGGUUGGUUCCCUGCAACUCAUGUUACCGUGCUGGGAGCCAACAGCGGAAAGUCCACACCUGCACCCCUACCAGUGUGUCAGGUGAUAGCCAUUUACGACUACACGGCGGCAAACGGUGACGAGAUGAGCUUCUCCAAAGGGCAGCUGAUCAAUGUUACGAAUAAGAAUGAUCCUGAUUGGUGGAAGGGCGAACUCAACGGGGUCACGGGGUUGUUCCCGACCAAUUACAUCCAGGUGACCACUACAGAGUGCGACCCCAGCCAGCAAUGGUGUGCGAACCUGUCCAGCCUGGAAACCAUGAGCCCCCAGGAGAGGAAGAGACAGGGCUACAUCCACGAGCUGAUGGAGACCGAGGAGAAAUACGUGGAAGACCUGCAGAUUGUCCUGGAGGUGUUCCAUAAGCCCAUGUCCGAGUCCGGUCGCUUGACUGAGGCGGAGAUGGGCAUGAUGUUUGUCAACUGGAAGGAGUUGAUCGCCUGCAACACCAAACUACUGAAGGCGCUGCGCGUGCGUAAGAAGACGGGCGGGGACAACAUGCCGGUGCAGGUGAUCGGAGACAUCCUGGCCGCGGAGCUGGCCCACCUGCAGCCCUACAUCCGCUUCUGCUCCUGCCAGAUCAACGGCGCCUCCCUGCUCCAGACCCGGACCGACAACCAGCCCGAGUUCAAGGACUUCCUCAAGAAACUAGCCACUGACUACAGGUGCAAAGGAAUGCCAUUGUCCAGCUUCCUACUGAAACCCAUGCAGAGAAUCACGCGCUACCCCCUCCACAUCAAGAACAUCCUGGAGAGUACAGCCGAGGGCCACGCAGACAGGGGGCCCUUGAAGGAGGCCCUGGAGAGGGCCGAGGAGCUGUGUCAGCAGGUCAACGAGGGCGUGCGGGAGAAGGAGAACUCGGACCGGCUGGAGUGGAUUCAGAACCACGUGCAGUGCGACGGAGUCAGUGAGAACCUGGUGUUUAACUCCCUCACUAACUGCCUGGGCCCCAGGAAGCUGCUGCACAGCGGCAAGAUGCACAAGGCCAAGAGCAACAAGGAGCUGUGGGCGUUCCUCUUUAACGACUUCCUCCUGCUGACACACACCUCCAAACAGUUCACCUCAUCUGGUCCCGACAAACUGUUCAGCAACAAGAACAACAUACAGCUCAAGAUGUACAAGCCGCCGGUGUUUCUAAACGAAGUCCUGGUGAAGCUUCCGGACCCUUCCAGUGAUGAACCCAUCUUCCACAUCUCACACAUUGACAGAGUGUACAUCCUCAAGACCGACAACAUCAAUGAGAGGACGGCGUGGGUUCAGAAGGUCAAGGCUGCUUCUGAAAACUUUAUCGAGACAGAGAAGAAGAAAAGAGAGAAAGCCUAUCAGGCCCGCUCCCUGAAGCCCAGCGGGAUCGGGCGGCUGCUGGUCACCAUCCUGGAGGCCACGGAGCUCAAGCCCAACAAGGCCCAUGGUAAGAGCAACCCCUACUGCGAGGUGACCAUGGGGGCUCAGAUGUACACGUCCAGGACCCUCAACGACACGCUCAACCCCAAGUGGAACUUCAACUGCCAGUUCCACAUCCGGGACCUCUACCAGGACGUGCUCUGCAUCACCAUCUUCGAGAGGGACCAGUUCUCCCCCGACGACUUCCUGGGCCGCACCGAGGUUCCCGUGGCGACCAUCAAGAAGGAGCUGGAGAACAAAGGCGCGGCCACGCGGCGCCUGCUGCUCCACGAGGUGCCCACGGGGGAGGUGUGGGUGCGCCUGGACCUGCAACUCUUCAACCCCAAGUAGUCCAGCAGUCGGAGUAGAGUGACUGUCUAUCACCGCCGUUCCAACAGGAACCGCCCUUAGCCAUGUGCUAGAGUGGCUCUGUUUCUUUCCCACGUGACACACGUCUGGCAUUAAGAAGAUACGGCUGGGAACUCGCUCGAAAUAAGCCACCACUAAGAAAUCGAUCGUUUCUGAGCACUGCAACAUAGCCUUUUUCAAAGUCCCUACUCUGGAAGGCCCUGGUGAUGGGGUUACAAUUGUUUUUAUGAUGGGGAAAUGUUCACCAAGUACUUGAUUUGUUUUUGGUAUCUAUGCAUAAAACAACAAGCAAUAUAUUUCAAAUUAAAUCGAAGGUUUCCAGGUAUUUACCAGGCUAAAAAGGGGUUGAAUAAGUCCCCUACAUUAGGGGCCGUCUAGUCGAAGAGUGUCUUCCAAUCGCAAUAUUCACACUAGAAGAUGGGAAUGAAACUCAAGUUCACUUGCUUUUUGCUGCUCUCCUUAAAUCUAUAAAAUAAUAACCUUUAUCUGAACGUAUUUUGAAGUUAUUUUUAUAUAGCCUCUAUGGUAAAAAUCCAUUUACUGUUAAUAUAACCCAAAUUAUUUCUUGAUAUAUUAUUUUGGCAAGCCUGCUCAACUACAUAACAUUUUUUUUCUUCCUUGUACUCUUAUCCGUUUGUCGGGGAAUCAACAAGAUGUAUAUUUUGAGUGAUGGUGAUGGGGAAAGACAUUGUCAAAAGCCAUAGAUACUUUUAUUUUUUACUAUCAGCCAUGGUGAUUCCAAAGACCUGCUGGCCAGUUCGCUCAUGCAAUGCUCGGUCUGGGCUGAUGACGGCGGCUGCUCUCUUCAGUUCAGAGGACGAGCAAACUAAGCACAAACAUGGCGUCUCCAGUUCUAACCAAAGGGACGGGCUCUUGAGCCCUCUGCACAUGAGUCAGAUGGGUGGGGAACCCCAGAAUCCGUUAUGUUUUAUUUUUUAAUAUUCUGGGUUUCGAAGUCUCAAUCCCUAUUGUCAAGGAAAUGUUUUCAUGCACUGUAAUGGACGUCUUUGUGCAUAUAGGUGUGGGUGUUUCACACAGACACAUCCUUUAGACACGUGUGUGUGUGUGUGUGUGUGUGUGUGUGUGUGUGUGUGUGUGUGUGUGUGUGUGUGUGUGUGUGUGUGUGUGUGUGUGUGUGUGUGUGUGUGUGUGUGUGUGUGUGUGUGUGUGUGCGCAUACCUGUGUCUAUAUGCAUGUCUGUUUUUAAGAGAAAGGCAGUCAAACAGGAUUGAUAUGUGAGAUAAGCAGUCGUAGAGCUGUACAAACAACAACAUAAGCUGAAGAUCGUUAGGAGAUGUUUGGUUUCUACAGAUGGUUAUAAUACGUAGCCUUCAUAAUAAUGCUAUCCUUUUGAAUAUGACACCAGCCGUAUGUUUGGCCAAGUUUGCGCUCAAAGGACAAGUUACAUGUCUUAAUUUUUGCUAUUUCACUUUCAACAUUUGUCUCUUGUCAUUAACGGGAAGAGAGAGUGUCAACAUUUUGAGGCAUUGCAUUGCCAACGAUUACAGAACAGUAUUUUUUUUUUUAACGAUUCACCUAGGAUUAAUUUGGUUCAGUUCAAUUAGUUUAGUUUAAUCCACUCUCCUUCUUCUGAAAUGUCUGCGAACUCCUGUCCCUGCUACAAUCAAUGGUUUCUUUCUCUCAUCUCAAGAUGUUGUCUCAUGGGGUCACCUUAAACCCAGUACUACAAAGACAACUUAUUGUGUGUGAAAUGUGUUCCUUUGCUUCCCUAUGCUCUUGUGUGCGUUUUGCCACCUUUACUUUGCAACUGUCCUGCUAGAGAGUCACCUAGUGGUCUAUUGGCCACCAGUGGCAGGAAGAAAAAGAUUGUAUUUAUUUUUUAAUUUAUGCGUGUGGGACUAUCUUGACUGUUGAGGUUCAGUCCUCAACAGUCGUGUGUCUGAAACAGUUAGUUUCGUCUAAAUCUAGCCAUGGUGUUUAGUGAGGCAACACAGUGCGUUAGCUGAUGAGACGAUCCCCUUGAUUACCUUGUACUGUAAAACUAGGACCGUAGUCUGUUCGUCACGCCUGCUGUCUGGACGUCUCCUGCUUGAUUAUAAUCCACACAGUAAACAAACACCUUGGGCUAUUGCCUUUAGGUUUGAACGGUCCCGUAUAAAACGCUGUUUUAUAUUUGUUUGGUUUUCUUUUAUGGACGAUGUGAGGGUGAACCAGCGCUCUUUAUGUGUAUGUGCGGGUGGUCGUUGGGGGUUUGUGGGUUUGUGAUUUGGUUUUUACCUGGAUCUUAACGUAGUACUACUGUGCUGUACCUAACAUGCUGCCUGCGCAUGGCUUCUGAGCGUGGAGACCCCCUCUCUCUAACCUGCUGAGUGUGCCCCCCUGGGGUCUCCACACGGCACUCACAAUCAGGGUUUCUUACGUACAAUAAAUAAAGAUAUUCAAAUGAC